AUGUGCUCUCUAACGCGCACUCUCUUGAGUCGCCCACGCGUCUCCCACGUGCACCCUCAUGCGCUCUACCACACGCCCUCUCACGCACUCACGCGCACUCUCAUGUGCUCUCUCACACGCUCUCUCACGCGCUCUCGCACGCGCUCUCUCCUGCGCUCUCUCACACCCGCUCUCACGCACACUCUCAUGCGCACUCUCACGCGUUCUCUUCCGCGCUCUCUCACGCGAACACUCACGCGCCCCUUCACGCGCCCCUUCACACGCUCUCUCACGCGCACGCUCACGCGCACCCUCACGCACGCUCUCACGUUCUCUCUCACGUGCUCUCUCACGCGCACCCUCACACGCACUCUCAAACGCUCCUUCACGCGCAUUCUCACACACUCUCUCACACGCUCUUUCACGCUCUCUACGCGCACUCUCACAAACACCCUCACGCGCACUCUCACGCGCACUCUCACGCGCACUCUCAUGCGCUCUCUCACGCGCUUGCUCUCACGCACACUCUCAUGCGCUCUCUCACGCGCUUGCUCUCACGCGCUCUUUCACGCGCACACUCACGCGCUCUCUCACGUGCUCUCUCAUGCGCUUGCACACGCGCUCUCUCACGCGCUCUCUCAUGCGCCCUCUCACGCGCACUCUGACGCGCGCUCUCACGUGCUCCCUCGCGCGCUCUCCCACGCGCACUCACGCGCUCUCUUACGCGCACUCUCACGCCCACUCACGCGCACUCUCACGCGCACUCUCACGCGCUCUCUCACGCGCACUCUCACGCGCACUGACGCGCUCUCUCCCGCGCUCUGA